AUGUGCAGCCUCAAGGGACCUUUUCUUUUCAUCAUUUUGUCUCUUACUUUAAAUUCCCUGGAAGCGACACCGGUUGAGAGAUUACUUUCUUUGGCUUUAUCGUAUGGGACGCCCAACCACCAUCUGGACAAACGGAAGUGCAACACCGCCACAUGUGUGACACAACGCUUGGCAGACUUCCUGGUCCGGUCCAGCAACACCAUCGGUGCCAUCUAUUCACCCACCAAUGUAGGAUCCAACACAUAUGGCAAAAGAGGCAGAGAACCUCCCUACUAUCUACAGCUUUGAGAAGGCAAGAUGGCAAUGGUUGCAGCCCUCGCUAGAAAUUCCUCUUCCUGCCUCUGGUUCUCAUGUACAAAGUCCUGGUCCUCUCAGUUCUCCA